CAUGAGGCAGCGAGCUUGGCCUGAGAGAGCGGAGAAAUCAGCCUUCAUCUCGCUCAACCCGGCUGGGACGUGGAAGAAAUGCUCACAGCAGAAGCAGCGGCAGCAGCAGCGGCAGCUCACAACACAGCAGAGACAGGCUAACACACACGUCUGAGAGCGCAGUGGAGAGCAAAUGGGGAAGGCAGAAAGAGACUGAGAGCGGGGAGUCAGUAAGUCAGAUCAUUCUAAAUGGCAGAGUGGCCUUGGCCGCACUAUGAGGAAGUGAUGUCCUUGUUAACACAUUGUCCUCUCGUAGAAGCUCCUUGUUAGAAGUCACAAGUCAGUCCCCCCCCGCCCCUGUGAGGCUGCCGAGCUGAGGGGCAGAGGAUAGGGAGAAACAACCAGAGGACGAGAGACAGAGCGGAAUAAAGAGACUGUGACAGGCCCCCAUGCAGGCGCGUAAGAAGUAUGUCCUGCUGGGCUUGUGUGCGUGCUGCUGGCUGGUCCUCUUUUACUGGGGUGGAGGCGUCCAGCUGCGUCUGCUGCGGCUGCUGACACGGCAGCGGGGUGAGGAGGUGCGCCCCUGGCCCAACUGGACCGACCGGGCCUUCCUGCCCCGCUAUGCCCACCUGGACGAGCUCCAGACGGACCCUGGGACGGCCGAGUCGCCCCGACAGCGGCGGCAGGCGUGGUCCGCCGUUUACAAGGACAGCCGCUGCCGCAUGGAAACCUGCUUCGACUUCUCUCGGUGUCGUCGCAGAGGCAGAGAAGGAUUCAGGGUGUAUAUAUAUCCGUCGGAGAAAAAUGAUCAUGUGUCAGAAAGCUACAGGAAGAUCCUGACGUCCAUAGGAGAGUCGCGGUACUACACGUCUGACCCCCGCGAGGCCUGUCUGUUCGUGCUCGGGAUAGACACCUUGGACCGGGACCAGCUGUCAGGACAGUUCGUGCCCAACUUGGACGAGCGCAUUCGUGGUUACCCGUUGUGGAAUGACGGGAGGAACCACCUGAUCUUCAACCUGUACUCGGGCACGUGGCCCAACUACACAGAGGACCUGGGCUUUAACAUCGGCCAGGCCAUGUUAGCCAAAGCCAGCCUCAACACGGAACACUUCAGGCCAGGCUUUGACAUUUCCAUCCCGCUGUUCUCCAAGGAUCACCCGCAGAAGGGCGGAGAGCGGGGCUGGCUGGUGAGGAGCACCAUCCCGCCGCGAAGGAAGUACCUGCUGAUGUUCAAGGGGAAGCGUUACCUGACGGGCAUCGGCUCUGACACCCGAAAUGCACUCCACCACAUCCACAAUGGGAAGGACAUCGUGUCGUUGACGACAUGCCGCCACGGGAAGGACUGGGAGAAGCACAAAGACUCCCGCUGUGAUCACGACAACUUGGAGUACGAGAGGUUUGACUACCAGGAGCUGCUCCACAACUCCACCUUCUGCUUGGUGCCUCGAGGUCGACGCCUGGGCUCCUUCCGCUUCCUGGAGUCACUACAGGCGGCGUGUAUCCCCGUGCUGCUGAGUAACGGUUGGGAGCUGCCGUUUUCAGACAUCAUACAGUGGAACCAGGCGGUUAUAGAGGGAGACGAGAGAUUACUGCUGCAGGUGCCGUCCACAGUGAGGGCGGUUGGGAACGAGCGGGUCCUGGCCCUGCGGCAGAGGACGCAGAUGCUGUGGGAAGCCUACUUCUCCUCCGUGGACAAGAUCGUCCUCACCACGCUGGAGAUCAUUAAGGACCGCGUGUUCUCCCACAUAUCGAGGAAUAAGUACAUGUGGAACUCGCUGCCGGGGGGGCUGCUCGUCCUGCCCGAGUACUCCACCCACCUCGCUCACUUCCCCUUCUACUACCUGGGAUUAGGGAUCAGUCCAGGUCACGAGUUCACUGCUGUCAUACAUGCUGUCUCCCCAUUGGUCUCCCAGUCUCAGCCAAUCAUGAAGCUGCUCCAGGUGGUCUCCAAGUCAAAGUACUGCUCGCAGAUCAUCAUCCUCUGGAACAGCGAGAAGCCUCCUCCGAGUCGGAGCAAGUGGCCUCCGAUGCCGGUUCCUCUCACCGUGACAGACGGCAGGAGGAAGACCACCAGCCGCUUCCUACCUCACGCGGCCAUAGAGACAGAGGCGGUGCUGAGUCUGGACGAGGACACGGUCCUGCUGACCAGCGAGGUGAACUUUGCCUUCUUGGUCUGGCGGAGUUUCCCCGAGCGGAUCGUGGGCUACCCCCCCAGGAGCCACUUCUGGGACCCCCUGAAGCGCGCCUGGGGCUACACCUCCAAGUGGACCAACGACUACUCCAUCGUGCUGACCGGAGCCGCCUUCUACCACAGGUACUACCACCACCUGUUCACCCACUACCUGCCCCAGUCUCUGAGGACGCUGGUGGAUCGCACGUCCAACUGUGAGGACAUCCUGAUGAACUUCCUGGUCUCUGCUGUGACUCACCUGCCACCGAUCAAAGUGGCUCAAAGGAAGCAGUACAAAGAGUUGCCAAGCCCACAGAGUACGAAGACCGUCCCCUGGGCCAAUCCGGAGCACUUCAACCAGCGGCAGGAGUGCGUCAACGCCUUCGCCAACUGGUUUGGCUACAUGCCUCUGGUUCACUCCCAGUUUCGCUUGGACCCCGUGCUCUUCAAAGAUCAAGUGUCUGUCCUUCGCAAGAGAUACAAAGACCUGGAGAGGGCGUGAAGGUGACAGAAAGAACGGGGAAACAUGGGAGGUCAGGCCAGUGGCCUUUCGGACAGACAAUUGGACCGAUCACUGGUUUGCAGUCGAGACGUGGAACUCAAGGACUGUCUGGGAUGUGGAGAAGACGGCCUGCA